GGUGAGGACGCGACGGGACGGGCGCCUCCGGGAGCCUCGCGCGGUACCUCCAGCCCCGCGCGCGGAGCCGGCGAGGGACGUUCCUCCAGGAUCAGGGGCCGCUGCUGCUCCAGCGAGAGCCCACUGCCUGCUGGUGGCCCCUCGCCUGCUGACCUUCGGGAAGAUGAGUGCCUGCGGGAGGAAGGCCUUGACCCUGCUGAGCAGCGUCUUUGCCGUGUGCGGCCUGGGCCUCCUGGGCAUCGCCGUCAGCACCGACUACUGGCUGUACCUGGAGGAGGGCGUGGUCCUGCCCCAGAACCAGAGCACGGAGGUCAAGAUGUCCCUGCACUCGGGCCUGUGGCGCGUCUGCUUCCUGGCAGGUGAGGAGCGGGGCCGCUGCUUCACCAUAGAGUACGUGAUGCCUGUGAACACCCAGAUGACGUCUGAGUCCACAGUCAACGUUCUAAAAAUGAUUCGCUCGGCCACACCGUUCCCUCUGGUCAGCCUCUUCUUCAUGUUCAUUGGGUUUAUCCUGAGCAACAUCGGACACAUCCGUCCCCACAGGACAAUCCUGGCCUUUGUCUCCGGCAUCUUCUUUAUCCUUUCAGGCCUGUCUCUCGUGGUGGGGCUCGUGCUCUACAUCUCCAGCAUCAACGACGAGAUGCUCAACAGGACCAAGGACGCCGAGACCUACUUCACCUACAAGUACGGGUGGUCGUUUGCCUUCGCUGCCAUCUCCUUCCUUUUGACCGAGAGCGCAGGGGUGAUGUCUGUCUACCUGUUCAUGAAGCGGUACACCGCCGAGGACCUGUACAGGCCGCACCCCGGCUUCUACCGGCCGCGUCUGAGCAACUGCUCGGAUUACUCGGGCCAGUUCCUGCACCCCGACGCCUGGGUCCGGGGCCGCAGCCCCUCCGACAUCUCCAGCGACGCCUCCCUGCAGAUGAACAGCAACUACCCAGCCUUGCUCAAGUGCCCGGACUACGACCAGAUGUCAUCCUCCCCUUGCUGAGCCCCGCGGCCUCCCUCCCGGGACUUCGGACGGCCAGGCAGCCUUCGCGUGCCCCCUUGCUGGCCUGUGAGCCCCAGGGCCUCGGUGGACAGGCCCGGGCUGCCCCCCCCCCCCCCCCCCGUGCUUAGCUGUUGUCACUUGACCCACGUCCUUUCCCUGCUUCCCCCAGAGUAGCUCCGACUGCCCCAGCGAGUGAGCUGAUUGGGUGAGUGUGUUGGUGGAGCCCCACCCCUUGAGUGCCAAUCACUGCAGCCACGCCCCCUUUCCUGGGAGAGGAAGGUGCGCCCGCUGUGCGUUCAUCCCGCACACCCAGCUUCACCGUCCGGGCCACGGCCAGCUCCGAGAUGCCAAGCACCUUACAGCGACCAGGCUGGACCUGUGUGCUUGCCAGCGGGCCUGCCCCUCGCAUUCAUGAUCUGGGCCAAGGAGCCAAAAAGUGACUCUGCUAUGGCGGUCUGGCUGGUUCAGAGUCAUCAAGCAGUGUUCCUUGUAAAAUCCUUUAUCCUUUCUUGUCACCAUAUCCCUCCAUACAGCGCAGUGUCUGCACUCUCCACCUCCCCCUCUGCCCCACAGCCUGUAAAUCUUUCUCCCUCUUCCCCGACCAGAACUCACCUGCCCCAGCCUUUCUCCCAAAGGGGCUAAGGAUGGGUCUGAGGCCACUCUGAGGAAGUCACAGAGGUGGUAAUGGCUGAUGACGUCUUAAUGUGUAUGGCCCCUUGAUGACAUAGCUAAUGGGGGCCUUUAAUGCCUUAACCCAAACAAGUGACUCUGACAAUGAGAAUUUCGGGACUGUUUCAAGCCCCGUACCAUCCCUGCUCACAUGGGUUCAAGGCUGUUUCAAAGUCUCAUCAUGUAGACAGACGUCUAUCCCAUCUAAGUAGAGGCAGCUUUCAAAGAGGCUGCCUGACAUUUGGGGCUGGAUUUGCCAACACCUGAGCCUGAACAAGCCAGACUCAGAAUGAUCCAGCUGCUCUCUGGGAGUGACUAUCAACCCAGGGGUGGGGGGGUGCCGGUUUAAUCCUAAUGUGGACAGCAUCUGCUUCCUGGGUGUGGGGCCUGGGCAGGCAAAUAGAUGCCUCCAGAAGAGGAGGUGGCCUGAUGCCCAUUUUCCUGGCUGGAAACCUGAGCUGGGAGGUAUGUAGCACCUUCUGUGAAGUUCGCAGGGGGUAAUGGUGGAAAGACCACCGCAGGACAGGGCCCCUUCAGCUCUCCAAGCAUCUUCCAGUGUGGCCGCUUUGGGAUUUGAGAUUUUGAGUAGCAAAACGACGCAGGGCUCUGGCUGUGUAUUUUUGCCCUGCCGGCUUUUCUCUCUUUCUCUUGCUCUCUUUAAGACAGCAUUCGGGG